UCGUCGCUGGGGGCAUCGCGAAAGCAGGUCAAAGCAGCCGAAGAGCUAGACUCAAGCAUCUUCGAUUAUGACUCCUUCCAUGACGCUAAGUCUACCGUCAGCGAAGCGAAGAAGGCUGCCGCUAAGCAGGAAGCUAUCGAGCGGAAGCCGAAGUACAUCAACAACUUGCUCGAUGCUGCAAGCAGAAGGAAGCAGGAUCAGUUGAUCGCUAAGGAGAAGUUGCUGCAGAAGGAGCGUGAAGCGGAGGGUGACGAGUUUGCGGACAAAGAGAAGUUCGUCACGGGCGCGUACAAGCAGCAGCAGGAAGAGGCGAGACGACUGGAAGAAGAGGAAAAGAAGCGGCUGGAGGAGGAUGAGAAGCGCAAGAGACAGAUGGGUGGCGGUAUGCAGGGUUUCUAUCGGAACAUGAUGGAUCAGACUGAGCGGCAGCAUCAAGAGGCCGUGGAAGCGGCUGCCAAAGUGGAGAAGGAAGGUGGGGUGAAGGUGUCCGAUCAGAGAACGCAAAAGAGCGACGCGGAUUUAGCAGCUGAACUCAAAGCGAAGGGUGUCAACGUGCAUAUCAACGAAGAAGGUCAGGUCACGGACAAACGGGAGCUCCUCUCCGCAGGCCUCAAUGUUGCUCCAGCAGGCCGAGGCGGCGACAAGGUCAGUGGUGCUGAUCAUCUGCGGACGUCGAAAAUGGCAGCACAGGGAGCAUAUGAGAGGAAAGAUGCAGGCAGCCAGCAAGCUCAGCGUGAGAGGCAGAGCAGGAUGAUGGAGGAGCAGCUUGCGGCGCAGGUUAAGCGACAGCGGGAUGAGGAAGAAGAGGAGAGAGAAAAGCUUGAGAACGCUGCCAAGAGUCAGAAGACCGAUGUCAGUGAUGCAAAGGCGAGGUACCUCGCCAGAAAG